AUGUCACAAGGACAAACAGAAGGCAUAAGGGUUAUACAACCUCAAGAAGAUGUACGCCUACGCCAACCUAUUUCUGCUCAGGAAUUUAUGCGCGGAACCGACUUCGCGGCCGAUUUUUCCGCUAUAGACCCUCAGCUUCGAUUCAAAGAUAUCUCAGUCGAUAAUAUAACGGAGAUACAUGCAACCACGUACGCAGCUAAGGCCCUUAAAGCCUAUACUCUUGAGAAGAUGUGGGAUGAUGAAGUCUUCCAUGCUUUCCAACAAGACUUUGAAGGAUGGACGCUAGACAUGUUCCUUAUGGUUGAAAUUUCAUACCGGCGGGAGCUCCGCCGGGUUCUCCGCCGAAAGGGAGUAUAUACUGGGACGAACCACCAGCGAAUCGAACGAUCCUUGAUUAAGCUACUCGAAGCCGACAGUUUCCUACUUGGGACCCCGAGGAAUUCACAAAACAGAUAUUUGACGUACGAUCAAAUGCUUCCUGGCAACAACAAGCCCUCGCAACGCCUUCUUCCGAGAGAAUAUCCAAAAUCCGACCCAAGACCAGUCACCAAGGGACCAGCCUACAACCCAAGCCCAGGCUUUGCAACAGCAGCAACAGGUUGUUUCCCAAGGACCCCAGAGGCCUCCCGAGCAAGCCCAACAGAUGACCCCAAGGAACCUUAUUCCAAGCCCCAUUUUCCCAGGAAAGCUUUCCCAAGACAUCCCCACUCAACAGACCCAGACGAAGUCUAUUCCCAAGCCCCUUACUACAGUCAUUUCCUUCAAGGCAGACCCAGCCUGACGGGCAUCAGCCGUACAAGGCCCUGCCCCUCGUUCCGUUCGAACGAACGGCUUGACCCCGCCGUUUCUGCCCAGUUUCUAAAGACCUUUGACAAAGACCAAAAGUACACAGGCGAGCCCUACGACCUCCUUGACGAUAAGAUGAAGAUCUUUUCAACAUCUGCUUCCAUGCACAGAUCCGGGAGACCCAAUUCUAUGCGGUAUUUCCUAGGAUUCUUAACGGACGAGCAGAAACCUUCUACCUUCAUUACGUCGAUCAAGACGAUACAUUUGCAAUAG